AUUUUGUUCUCGAGGACGGCGCAGCACCCGCCCUGCCGCCGCCGCCGCUGCAUGCCCGUCUCCUAGGAGUCGCCGCCCAGCACGUGAGUCGAUGCGACCCCACCGGGGUCCGCCCUGCCCCUGAGAGACCCCUUGCCGCCCUUUGCAGCAGUUGGACGAACGAAAGCUUUCAGCAAUGGAGCUGAACAUGGACGAGAUGUUGUCCGCGGGUGAAAGGGUGCUGAACGGAGGCCUCGAAGACGAUGAGCAGCCGGCAGCCGUGAAUGGGACGGACAGCGAGCUGCCGCUGCCGCCCGUCGAGACGCCACAUCAAGGGCAGGAGUCGAUUAUCAUGUCUGAGCUCGGCAAAGAAGGGAUGGACGUGCUGGCCGGUCUCAUCAGGUCCGAGCCGGUGGUUAACUGCGACAAGGCGGCUGCCGAGGACGGCGCUGACGGCAAGAGCAACGCUGAGAGUCACAGCUUAACCAUCAACGAGUUCACGGAGGAGCAGCUGUACUGUGAGUUGUUGUACCAAACGCACCACCCCCUGGGGAACGACGUGAGUGAUGCGAACCAGGGCCAAAUUUUCGACUUUCUCAAAACCGCUUUCCGCAUUGACGAUAAGAAACACGAAGAAAAGAAAAACGAGGCCAAAAUCAAAGAUAAGCCCGACGUGAAACUGAACCUGGAGAUCAUCGAAGUGCGAGACUUGAAGUCGAGCGAGACGAGCGGAACGAGCGCUGUCUACUACUUGAAAAAUCAGCCAGACAACAAGGCUGAAAGCGAGGUUCAACACGACAAAAAGAUACCCGUUUGGAAUGAGAAGGGGUCACUGCCAAUUUCUGACAAGGAAAACGACGCGUUGAUUGUGGAGAUUUGGAAAUAUGUGGAGGAAGCUCCGAAUCAAUCACCAUCUUCCAACAAAACAGUUAAGGAUAAAAUCGGAACGUUGAAGAAUAUGGCCAAAGGCCUCGUUCUGAACAACAAAAAUGAAGAUAGGAAGUGUUCAGGAAUUGCGGAGAUUCUUAUCAAGGACAUUCCGUCUGGCGCGAUGGACGAGUGGAUUCCGCUGAAGAAGGAGCAGAAGAAGGCACGGGGUGAGGUGCACGUUCUGCUGUCGCUGGGGACGUCGCGCGACGUGCAGGUUGGCUGCAAGGAGCACCGGCGACUGGUCCGAGUGCUGGUGCGGCGCGAACUGGAUAAUCACGCCAAGGCACCUUUCACGUGGGACGGCCGGCUGUCGGACACGGCCGAACAAGUGCUCACGCAGCACCGCGCACACGCCAGCCUCGACGAGUCGCACGUACAGUUGGCCAGGUGGGCCGGCUUCUGCGACCAGCACGAAGAGACACCCUUCAAUUUCCACGUGCUCGAGACGAUGCUAAAGAAGCUGACCACGAGCCAGAACAGUGAGCCUCGAACCUUUACCGAUCACGAGGCAAAAGUGUUUUGGGAUGCCAAUCGAAAUUUGCUUCCAACCUGCCUGAAGUUCAUCAGGUUCCUAUUCAAGAUGAGCAUCAGCUAUGGCGACGCAAUGGAGGCGCAACUGAGUUCUAUGUUGAGGAUUUUGGCUAUCUUGAUCGAGAUCAAACCCCCAGAGGACAUAGACAUUUUCCCGUCUUACAAGUACACGUGGCUCAAAACGGAUCACGGACACAACUCAAAAUUGAAAAGAAAAGUGUUGGAUGCAAUCAAACACAGCGCCAGAGAAUGGAUUGAAGAAAAGUUUGCAAAGAUAGAAUUCGGAGAAGAGGAAAUAGAAGACAAUCCUCAGUGUUGGGCUAUCCUAAGCAAAUAUAAAGACGGGGGAGUGGCCAAGAGGAAAAUAAAAGUGCAGGAGAUCGCGAACCCGAAAGCUCUGCUCUCUUGCUACAACAAGGAAAUCCCGGGGCUGAAGGAAUGCGUUCUCUCCUCCUCCUUCCAUGACGAAAAAUUCAAAUGCUUAGACAUCCAGUAUUCCAAAGUAGUGCUGCAGGUGUUUGACAAUAAGGUGAAUCAAGUGGUGCGGCCGUUGGUCUUGAGUAUUUGCAACAGCCUCAAGAAAUACGACCCUAAAGACAAAGAGCCCGACCCGCAAAACAAAUCAACAGACCUCGUCUGCCUCUACUUCACCCUCAAAGAAUUCAAUGAUUUUGAGGACACUUACUUUCACGGGGAAAAGGUCAAAUGCAGCGAUUUCCACAACUGGUUUGCUCGAGGCGUUUCUCAAUGGCUUGACAUUACUCUGCUGAAAGCGAUGAACAUGAUCAAAGCAGCAGUCGAGUUGGACCAGCUCGAGCCACUGGACGACGUCAAAUUCAGCAGCUCCGCGGUCGACGUUCUCGGCAUCUUCGAUAUGCUGGAAAAAGAUCUGCGAGCUCUAAAAUGGCCUGACGAAAAGGACGAGUUUCCGCUGAUGGCUAAACUAGUCAAAAGCAUCACUGCCUGCACAAAGCACUACGCUGACCAGAUCCGCCAGAAAGUUGUCAAAGUCACCGAUCUGCCUGGAGACUACGAAAUCCAGCUGUGCACGGCCAUCAACAACAUCGAGCACAUCUUGGUCGAGGGCCUCGAGCCGCUGAUGAAAAAGCUAAACGUGGAGGCCCUGUUCAUGACCCUUACGAAGAUCAGGUCACACAUUCCAGAGUGCCACAAGGGGCUGAAGGUGCUGAGCAGAGUGGUGGACGCGGCCGAGAACGCCGACCAGAAAAUGAUGGAAAUCGUGCAGGAGGUGAGCGAGAAGAUCCUCAAGGUGGUGCGCGAGAACCAGAGCCUGUCGCCGACCAGAUUCAUGAGUCCGAUCAGCCCGAUCAACAUCCACCUGGGCGUGCUGAAACGCCAACUGAGCAAACACAACUACCACCGCGCCAUCACCUUCAUCUGGGAGAGCAUCGUUGAGCUAAUCAAGCAAAUCGUGGACGCCACCCACAUGGAGGACAAACCUCCAGGCUUUUACAAGAACUUGAAAAAGUCGCUCGAGUUCUUUGAAAGUGCAUUCAGCAGAGAAUCUCUAGCGUUCAAAAACGGGGAACUCCUUGAAGCGACCAAGACUAUCUUGGAAACCUUGUCUAAAAAUUCAAUCGACCCUGUUCACAAAUUCUACUUGGAAAGGCUGGUGGUGCAGGGAAAGGUGGAUGACUACGACAAGAGAGGGCAAAUCAACGUUCUCCUGCAGUUCCAGGAAAAAAGCCUGAAAAUUGAGAUCCUGAACGUGAGAAAUCUCAGAACAAGAAGCAAAGAGGGAGAUUGCAGCCCGUACGUGCGCAUCGACUUGAUUCCCAAGCAAAACUUCCCGGACUGCAACAAAAAGCUCAAAACCAAAAUUCAGAAACGAAGUUUGAAGAACUGCGCAACAUUUGAAGAAUAUUUUGAAAUAGCGAUGACUGAUGGCAACGAGAAUAUGGAAAACGCGCUAGUGCACUUGGUGGUCAAGGACUACAACCGCUUUGGUCACAACAUGGUCAUCGGCGAGACGCUGGUUAGAUUUGACAAAAUUAACCGAGACUACGCCAACAAAGCGUUUGCCGAUGUGCCACAAAUGGAACUGCCCCUCAUCGACUUGGUUGACGUUCCUCAAGAUUUAGUGAGAAUCAAAAAGAGCAAAACUUGCGACACGGUGACCGACCUGGACACGAUAGCCACAAACGAAUCGACGGGCACCCUCAACUGAUUCAAACGCGACCAAUCAAGAACUUUGCUCAUUAUUGUAUCAAAAAAUAAUCCUAACGUUAAACAACGCAGCCCCAAUUACCACGUGCAAAGUUGUAUCUACCACACACACACACACACACACACACGUGCGCGCGCAAAAAUGUUGCCGUGCAAAUUUAUUCCACAAGCAAGCAGUUCAAAAGCAGUUCAGGACGAUUUUUACAGAAGUUUAUAUACUCUUAUAUAAAUAACUGACCUAGUCACUAUCGUAGGAAAAUUCUUGUAAAUGAGUUUUGUUCAUUUGUGUACAAAAACCGAAAUCUACGUCUUCACUUUGUCUCUAUUUCGCUCUCUUUAGUAGGAAAUGUGUAAAUUGCUGUAGUGAAGCGUGAGACGUUGUGUUCCGAAAAGGUUAAGGAAGUUGGAUCCGUUUUCCAAACGGCAGAGUCAGAGUAGUACAAAAGUGGGAAAAACCAUUCUUUCAAUUCGGUCGGGAGCGUGCAGCUCAGUCCGAAUUGGCCUUUUACUUUUGCAUUUUCCAAACGUAAACUUUGCUUUCCGAAUUCAUGUCGUGCAUUUGAGGAAUCUCGUUUUGGGGCUCCGUUCUCAACGGGCGCCAUAUUUGAUGUUUACCAAUCAUACAUAUAAAUAAUAUAUUUAAAUUUUACGAAACGCAGUUACCGAUUAUCCUUAAAGCGCUAUAACGAAAAAAGUGUUUUACAAAACUAUAUAGUUUUGAAAUGAAUGUGUUCGUUCACAAGUGAGUACGCGAGACGAAAAUCAUUCCUCGAUCACUCCAGUAUAAUGUUGGUUUAAAUGAGUGCGAGAUCGAAUGAGACGAGUAAAAAUAAUUCGGAUAAGAACGCAUAGUGAGUAGGGAAACAAUGUUAAACGCCUUUUUAGUUACUAUAAUUUGUUGUUGAUAAUGGUGAUUGAUUUUCGCGAGAUUUGUGAAUGAAAAGAUGCUGCUGAGAAGGAGAUAUUGUAAUUGAAAGUAACAGAUGAAUAAAAAUGCGAGUAUACAA